AAUAGUAUAGUUUACAGUACAUAUCAUAUACUUAAAAUUUUAACAGUGUAUAUGUUAUCAAUUGAAUAAAUGUAAAAUAGUAACUGAACAUGGGAUGCAACCUUCUCGCGAUGUACUUUGUAAUAAUUGCUGUAGACUUCGGAUUAGGUAAUGGACUGAAAUAUGGGCCUUGUAAAUCUAAAUGUAAAAAGCUUGGCCUGGCAGGUUGUUGGAGAGUAUGCAGAAUUGAAACAGAUGAUGUCAUCGAGAAGUCCUGCUGGAAUAAAUGCUCGAACUCUAUUAUAAUGGGUCAAAAUGCUGAGGCAGCCCUACGUGGAUGUAUUCAUCAGUGCAGAAAUUGUGUAUUACCAUCCAACCAAACUGAUUUUGUGAAAAUCGUAGAUGACCAAUAUACUGCUGAAGGUCCUGUCUUUACAAAGGAUGGAAACUUUUACAUGGUUGCAACUUUUAGGAAUGAAAUUGUCAAAGUAGACUUAGAAAAAAGAAAUGCAAGUCUGUUUGUUGCUCCAUCGAUUAAUGGGUUAAAAGGAUAUCCAGUAGGAUUGCAAUGUGACAGCGAGAACAAUAUCUGGGUAGCUGAUGCGACAUUGGGUCUACUGAAAUUGACACAAGAUGGCUCUUUCAAACAAAUAGCAACCAGAGACAACUAUAACAACAUUCUACAAGGGUGUAAUGAUCUUACUUUUGACUAUCAAGGCAAUUUAUGGAUAACUGCACCCACUGGUCCAAUUUUCAGUACUUUAGAAAACUACACAGAUUCGCAGGAGGAGCCAUUCGGAAGUGUGUACUGUUACAAUAAGACCACUGAUGAGAUUAUAAAGGUUACAACUGGAUUUUUGUACCCCAAUGGUAUAGCUAUACAACAUGACAAUAAUGGGACUCCUAAGAAAUUGAUUUUCGGAGAGUCAUUUAAUACAACUGCACCUCUCUGGAGCUACGAUAUUGUUAGUCCUUGUCAGGUUGAGAACAAGCAAGUUUGGGGAAAUUUACCUAGUAAGAGUAUGCCAGAUGGUAUGGAUUUUGAUAAUGAAGGGGACCUUAUAGUUACAGACUAUAGUUCGAAUUACGUGUAUGUCUUUGGUCCCAAUGGAGGUGCGCCGAUAUGUCGAUUAAAGUGCCCCUUUUCGGCAAUUACCAAUGUUCACUUCAGACCCAAUUCAACUGAUCUUUUCAUCACAGAGAGAGAGUUUCACGGUUUGUGGAAAAUUCAGUGGAAAAGUGAAGGAAUGGAGCAAUAUUGUGAAAGAGUUUAG